AUGUCCGUUAUUACUUUAUCAAAAGAGUCUCACAAGAACCCAUCCAAGUUUAGAAUUAACUUGAAGGAAAGUACUGCUCAGUUGAGUGGUCAAGUUGACAACAAUAUCAAUGAAAAAUUGCCAACUAUUCGUACUUCAUCCAAAGUUGCCAUUAUUGGUGCUGGUUUUUCUGGUAUGGGAAGUGCCAUCAAGACAAUGAAAACGCUUAAAGAACAGGAUGUUACCAUUUUUGAAAUGCGUUCCAACUUUGGUGGUGUCUGGUACGCCAAUACCUACCCAGGAUGUGCUUCUGAUAUCCCAGCUAUUUGGUAUUCCUACUCAUUUGCUUUAACUUCCAACUGGACUAGAGUUCAACCACCACAAUACGAAAUGGAAGAGUACAUUUUGAGAGUUGCUGAGGAAUACAAGUUGAGAGACAAAACUAGGUUCAACUCCCAGGUUAACAAGUGUCUUUUCAAUGAAGAAACUGGUUUAUGGACUUUGCACAUCCAUGAUGUCAAGACCGGACAAAAGAUUGAACACACUGCAAACAUUCUUUUGUCUUGUAAAGGUCACUUGGUCUACCCAGUUCAUUUGAAGGAACCAGGUUUGGAAAACUUUAAGGGAAAGUACAUGCAUUCAGCACUUUGGGACCAUUCAGUUGACUUUAAAGGAAAGAAUGUUGUCGUUUUCGGUAACGGUUGUUCUGCCAAUCAAGUUGUCCCAGCCUUGUUGAACGAUCCUAAAUAUAAUCCUGCUUCAAUCACCCAAAUUGUUAGAUCAAAGCAUUAUGUUAUGCCACCAGUUCCCAAGAUUCUUCUUUUCCUUUACCGUAUACUUAGUUUCAACUUUUUUGGUUUGAAAAUGGUUCGUUGGUUGGUUGUUGCCAUUGCUGAAUCAAGAUUUCCUUUGUUCAGAGGAGAAAGUCCUCUUGCUAGAUUUGUCCGUUGGGGUAACAGGCAUAUGGCUGUCAGUCACAUGAAGCAUGCGCCAAAGAAGUACUGGGAUAUCCUUAUUCCUGACUUUAAAGUUGGAUGUAAGAGAUUGAUUUUCGAUUACGGUUACAUUGAAGCAUUAAACGACUCAAGAAUUGAGCUCACCAACGAUCGUGUGGAUAAGAUUGUCGAAAAUGGUAUUUACAUGAAGGAUGGAAGAUUCGUCAAGGCUGAUAUUAUUAUUGCUUGUACUGGUUACAACACUAGAAAAACAUUUGAACAACCUAUUGAAACUAACAAGGGUGCAUCAUUAGAAAAGAUUUGGCAAACUGAGGGAGUUGGUGCUUACCGUACAAUCAUGAUCAAGGAUAUUCCAAACUUGUUCUUGAUUGGUGGUCCAAACACCGCUACCGGUCACGCUUCUGUGAUUAUGGCUGCUGAACACGGUAUUGACUUUUACAUGAAGGUUGCCAAGCCAGUUCUUGAAGGUAAAGAAAAAUCAGUUGAAUGUACUGAACAAGCAUAUGACAACUGGUUCAAAUUGAUCCAAGACCGUUUGGCCAAGAGUGUUUUUGGUACCGCUUUUGGUGGAUGUGCUUCUUGGUACAGAAGCGACCAAUCCAACUUUAUCACUUAUCCAUUCAGUCAAAUCCACUACUGGUACAUCACUCACUUUCCUAACUACAAGGAAUUGACUUACAACCACUUUAACAAAAAGACUGCUUAA